AUGAAAAUAACAAAAUGGAAUAUUUCAAAAAAAAUUAAAAAUAUUUUAAAAAAAGAAAAUAAUAUCGAUGAUAUAGUUAUAAUAAAAAAAAAUAAUAAUAUAAUAAACUAUAAUAAUAAUUUAAAUAAUAAUAAUAAUAAUAAUAAUAAUAAUAUAAAUAUUAUAAACUCAUUACCAAUUGAAAUUUUAAUUUUAAUAUUUAAAAUAAUUAUAAAAUCUUAUAAAAUUGAAAUACCAAACCAUAAAGAAUUUAGUAAUAUAAUAAAAACAUGUAAGCUUUGGAAUGAAAUUGGUUUAUCAAUAUUGGAUAGUAUAAAAUUGGAUAGAAAUCAACAAUUACCAAGUUUAGAAUGUUUUAAACAAUUAAAUAAAAUGACAUCGAUGAAGCAAUUAAGUGUUAUUGAUGGAGAGCCAAUGAAGCUACCCUACAUUGAAGUAAUCAUCAACGUGUUUUCAAGACCUUCAAGUUGUUUAACAAGUAUAAAUUUAUUUUCAAAUAAAAUUGGUGAUGUAGGAUUCGAAAGAUUGGCCAAAGCAUUAGAGACCAAUGAAAGUAUCAAGUUUUUAGGAUUGUCUUAUUGUGGUUUGGGUAGUAAAUCAGGCAAGCCAUUGGGACAAUUAUUCAAGAACAAUUCUACCAUUAGAGAAAUUAUUUUAUCAUAUAACAGCUUGGGUAAAACAGGUACCAUUGAAAUGGCAAAGGGUUUACCAUACACCAAAUCAUUAUUCAAACUAUCAUUAUCACAUAAUGAAAUUGGUGAUGAGGGAGCUAAAGAAAUUGGAUCGGCAUUGUCUCAAAAUAAGACCAUUAAAGAAUUAGAUCUAAGAUGUAACUCUAUUGGUAGCAUGGGUAGCAACUAUAUCUGUCAGUAUUUAAAAGAUAACAUCUCAUUGGUAGAGAUUGACCUUUGGGGUAACCUAUUAGGAAAUGAUGGUGCAUCGGGAAUUGGUAUGGCCUUACAAUCAAACAAAUCCAUAAAGUCCAUCAAUCUAACUAGAAACUCAAUUCAAGAACAAGGUAUUAAAUUUAUAACCAAUGCACUCUCAUUGUCAGUUUGUUCGAUUGUUACAAUUGAUCUUAGUUCAAAUCAAUUGGGUUUGGAAGGCGCAAAACAAAUUUCAAAAGCCAUUUCUCAAAAUCGUUCAAUUGAAAAUAUUAAUUUAUCUUCAAAUAAAUUUGAUUCCGAUGCUUCAAAGAUAUUGUGCACCAGUUUACUUUCAAAUAAAACAAUUAAAACUCUCAAUCUAUCAAUGAACGAUAUUGGGGAAAAUGGUUGCAUAUAUUUUUAUCAAAUUCUCAAAGAAACCAAUUUAAAAGAAUUAAAUCUUUCAUUAAAUAAAAUUGGAAAUAAUGGUUUAAAAAAUUUAUUAUUAAACGAUUUUCAAGAAAAUUUAAUAAUAGGUAAUAACAAUAUUAUAGAAAUUAAUAAUAAUAAUAAUAAUAAUAAUAUUAAUAAUAAUAUCGAUAAUAGUAAUAAUAUAAUUGUAAAUAGCAACGAUAAAUUUAGAUACGAAUCAAAAGAUUUUAAAAAUAUAAAAUCUUUAAAUUUAUCACAAAAUCAAAUAACUCUUUCAAAUGAAAUUAUUGAAAUCGUUUUAACAACUUUAAAAAAUAAUAGCCAAUUAAAAAUAUUUAAUUUAGAAUCAAAUAUAAUCAAUAUAAAUGGUACUAUCAAUAACACCGAAUUAUUAAAACAAUUAACAACAUAUUCAAAAUUAAAUAAUAUUCAAAUUGGUUAUUUAUAAAAAAUAAUAAUGGUUUUAAAUAAAAAAUUUAUAAUUUCAAAAUUUUUUUUUUUUUAUUAUAUUUAAAAGUAUAAAAAAAAAAAAAAAAAACUUUAAAUAUCAU